AUGCCCCAGUCAGAGAGUGCAAUGACGCACGAUUUUUCCAAUCCUCUUUUCAGUCGUUUUGCUCGAUCCUAUUGGGAUCACUUACACGGAUCAAAACAGGGCAAAUCGUUGACUGAAAGUGAAGCUAAUUAUCGAUGUACCAAUCUGGACACACCCUAUUCCAGUUCACCUUGCCAAUCGAAAAAAUCCACUUUAUCUAACAGUCUGGUUCUAUCGGGUUCGGUCAACGAUUCCAUCCUUAAUCCGUUGUUCGGUGGCACUUUGAACAACCCGGUCAACCGAUACUCUCCACCAUUGAACUUUAGCGCAUUCACAUCGUUCGACCAGAACAUGAUCUGUCCGAUUUGCCGCAAAUGUUUUCGAUUCGAGAAAAAUUUGUUACGACAUCUGCAAAAGACUCACGCGACGGGAACUGGCGAGUCUGUACUAAAGUGCAAAUUGUGCAACUAUACAACCAGGCACUAUAGCAAUAUGUACGUGCAUAUUCGAACGCACACGGGCGAUAAACCGUACUCGUGUUCUGCAUGCGGUGUCUCAUUCACGCAAGGCUCUUCACUGAAACUUCACAUUCGUUCCCGUCACGAGGACAAUGCUAAAUACUUUUCGUUGACACGCAAACCGGGCAAAAAUAAUUUGACCAAAUUAUGGACACGUGUGCUGAAAAAAGAUUUGCCCAAAUACAAUUCGGUGAUGGCAAACACACUUUUAAACCGAUCGAAGUUUUGGUCACGGCCAGAUCCGAUACAGUUAAAUCCAUUUGGCCUUGUUCAAUCCAAACUUUUACCAGUCGAUAUCAAUUUACCCGGUUCCAACCAAUUCGGGUGGAAUUCAUCCACACCAGCAUCAGUUAUGCCCACACCAUUCAAGUCGGUGAACCGCUUGAAUUAUGCGCAAUCAUCUAAAUCGACGCAGAACCAUGUACAACGGAAUGGAACUGGAUCUUCCGUGGAUGGGUUCGAAACGGAACUACCCGGAUUGGACGUUGUUCGCGAUACAGAAUCCAGUCAUACGUCAGCUAGAUUUGUCAAUAGGGAAACUGCGGAUGAUAUUUUCCGUCCUGCUGGUUGGCCGAUGGAUAGGAAAAGACGAGUGAGGAGACAGAAAACGGAACAAACCGAAUUGUCAACUGUCAUGGAUGGUGAUAAAGCUGGCAAUAUCUCUUGUUCUGUGGAAGGCUACCAGAACAAUAAGGCAUACAUGUCUUAUCUAACCAAAACCGAGGGCUUAUCUCCUCGUCGAGAUGACUCAUAUGUUGCUCCACAUCUAUACAACUGCGAAAGGGGACAGGAGAUUUCGAAUAGAUCCGUUUGUCGUGCCACGGUACCCGCGGACUGGAUCGAACGUGAGUCAAGUGCGCUGUUUUCAUCCCCACAACCCAAAGCUUCGCACUACUCACGGUCGGAUUAUGUGCUUCAUGAAAAACGGGAUAGCGAACAAUCAGACUUCAAGCACUACCCUGAGUCAGGUCCACGAACUGCUGGUUUGACACAGCCACUCUCUAAUCCAGACACAACAAGGCAGCAUUACUGA